CUGUUUGUGCAGACCGUCGGUUCAUGACACUAUAAUACCGCGAGAGCGAUUUGAAAGCGGUCCUUUCGUGCCAAUCUCGCGGUACAGUUACGUCAUUCUCCAAUCGGUCUGUGCGCAAGCGCAGAUUCACCUAAUUUUGAACACUCGUGUACCCUCGUGGUUGUUUGUGUUCAUUAUUUUACUGUAGUUUAUAAUGACAUUAUGCACGAUACAAGUUUCGAUUGCUAUGUUUUAAUAUGGACAAACCCGGGCGUCGUUGUGGUAGAAGAGCAAGGAGCAAAAGACGACGAAAAAAACGCGAUAAUGUCCCACAAGUUACGCUUUCUCACGAGGCUCAGUUUGUUCAUUUGAGGAAAUGGCUGAAUGAAAGAUGGUUUACUUCUCAGUCUCUCAUCCCUGUCAACUUCCAUGAUACAGGACGGGGGCUUAUGUCUACUCGCGCUAUCAAGGCUAAUGGCAAGGUGAUUUCCUUACCCGAGAACUGCUUACUGACCACCAGAACAGUGCUUAGAAGUUACAUGGGGGAUUAUAUAAAAAGUAUGCAGCCGCCAAUAUCUCCUCUCCUGGCUCUUUGUUGUUUCCUCAUUGCUGAGAGACAUUUUGGAGAUGCAUCAGACUGGAGUCCAUACAUCAAUAUCCUUCCAAAGACAUACACGUGCCCUGUGUACUUCCCCGAUGACAUCAUUGGCCUCCUGCCUGGGAGUCUCCGGAAAAAAGCCGCAGAGCAGAAAGAAAAGUUUCAGGAUCUCUAUUCCUCCUCGCUUACGUUUUUCCGUUCCCUCCAGCCACUUUUUAGCCAGCCAGCAGAGAAGCUGUUUACCCAGGAUGCACUGCGGUGGGCUUGGUGCAGCGUUAACACUCGUACGGUGUAUAUGGAGCAUUAUCAGAGUAACUAUCUUUCCCGGGAGAAGGACGUUUAUGCGCUCGCACCGUACCUUGACCUGUUGAACCACUGUCCUAACGUCCAAGUUGAAGCCAGCUUUAAUAAAGAAACCCGCUGCUAUGAGAUUAAAAGUGUUAAAGGCUGUAAAAAGUUCCAGCAGGCGUUCAUCAACUACGGACCUCAUGACAACCAUAGACUGCUUUUGGAAUAUGGCUUUGUCGCUCCUGACAAUCCCCAAAGUGUAGUAUAUGUUGAUUUAGAAGUUCUACAAUUGUGCUAUGAUAAAAGAGACAAACAGCUAGCACAGAAACUACUGUACCUAAAGGACAAUGAUUUUCUAAGUAAUUUGACCUUCAGUAUGGACGGCCCUUCCUGGCGACUGAUGACUGCAUUAAGACUUCUGUCUUUAAGACCAGAGCAAUAUGCUAGUUGGAAAAAUGUCCUCUUGGGGGCAUCAGUGAGCCAGGAGCAGGAAGAUUGGUGCAUUAACUGUGCCCUAAAGCUUUGCAAUAACCUCAUUGAAGACAGUGUCAAUGCACUAGAGAGGCUAUCUCAGCUCAAAGAGGAUACGGACCUGUCUCGCCUCGAGCAACUGUGUGUGGUGGAGAGCCUGAGACAAGAGGAGCAAAGGAUUCUGGAACACACACGAGUGCUUCUACAAAACCUCCAGAGACAAUAGUCACUGUGGUAACAGUAGGGAACUUUGAACAUCGAGAAGCAAGAAGCUUCAUGCUGCCAAGAUGUAAAAGCAAGCCAAGACUGAGUAAAGAGUUAGCAGAUACAACCGACAGUCUUUAACCCAAUCCUGUCCAGAACUACAGCAGACAUAAAGCCCCAAAAUAUUUUAAACAUAAAAUAUUGUUGUUUCAAGCUCAUAUUAGAGAAUUUUGCUGCCUUUCUAAAUACUAUAAAAGCAUAUAGUGAUCAAGGGCUGUCACGCUUGUCCAAAAAGCAACAUAAAACUCUUCCCAUCUGCCACAUUUAAAAAACUGUUUCUUAUGCAAAUGUCUAAAUGCGCUUUGGGAAUUACGCUGGAGGGGAUGAUUUUAAUAAUAUGGUUUCAGAAGAUUUGAAAUACAAAGGGUGCAUGGACAAAUUUUUGUGGUAAUGCUUAAUGGACCACAGUACUGAAUUAAUCAACAUUAACAAAUAUUUUUCUUGAACAUCAGUCUGACAGAUGGAAAAUAUGCAUCCCUUGGACAGUGAAGACCUAACAAAAAGUCUCUUUGCUGAGCAUUUGGAAGGAGACGGCAAUAAUCAAAUGCGUUUUUAGACUGAUUCAGGUCAGCAUUAUCUAUUCUUUCUAUACAGAGUAGGGAUGCUUAACGAUUAAUCGCGAUUAAUCGUUAGCAGAAUAAAAGUUUUUGUUUACAUCAUAUAUGUGUGUGAACUGUGUAUAAUAACUUUGUAUAAAUAAAUGUACACACAUGCAUGUAUAUGUU